GCCGCUCCCAGCUCAAAGGAGCCUUUCUGGGCAGACAUCCCGCUGGAAAAACUUGUAGGGGUCAGAUUUGCCUGGCCAAAGACUGCCACGCCAUGAUCUCCAGCAAAGCUGCGAUAGGAGAAGUCGGCGGUUUGCCGGCGCACGAGGUCGCCCUGCAAGAGCUGCAAGACUUCGUGCAGAAGCGACAGAUUCCGUACCUCGGGCAGUGGUACUCCAGGCUGGCGCUGCAGCGCCUGGGCGUCCAGACCGAGACGAGGUGUCGUGAGUGGGCCAAAGAAGCCCGCGACCUCAUCCGCGAGGUCACCGAAGAGAGCAGCGCGGGAGAAAUCAAUAGUGGUAUGUCGCUGACCAUCAAGACCAACCUGGGCCCGCUCAAGGUGGAGCUCUUCUGCGCCCAGACUCCGAAGACCUGCAAGAACUUCUUGGCCCUCGCGGCCUCAGGAUACUAUGACAACACCAACUUUCACAGAAACAUCAAGGGCUUCAUGAUCCAGGGUGGCGACCCUACGGGCACCGGCAAGGGUGGCCAGAGCAUCUACGGCGGCUACUUCGAGGAUGAGUUCGUGUCUACCUUGAAGCACGAGAGAAGAGGCAUCCUGUCGAUGGUGAACACGGGACCCAACACCAACGGCAGCCAGUUCUUCAUCACGUACGCGAGACAGCCUCACCUCAACGGCGUGUACACCACGUUUGGCAGGCUGAUAGAUGGCCUUGACACACUCGACAAGAUGGAGAAGGAACCGAUCAACGCCAAGAACCGGCCGAUGAGACCCAUCAAAGUCGAGAGCAUCAUCAUCCACGCCAAUCCCAUCGCUGACGAAGAAGCUCAGCAGUGA